AUGACUCCAUUGCUGCCAAAGAUCAUUUCCCAAAACCAGUCUACCUUGCCCUUGGUUUUCCAAAUUCCUUCAUGCAGUGGAUUGAGGCUUGCUACUUACUCUAUUGCUUUCAACGGUACCUUAAUUGGGUACUUUAAGGGUGAAAAGGGUCUUAGACAAGGCGACCCUCUCUCCCCUAUCCUGUUUGUUUUGGUGAUGAACAUCCUAUCAAAACUUUUAAAUACUGCUGCUGCUAAAGGGAUCUUUAACUUCCACCCUAAAUGCAAGAGAACUUGCCUUACACAUCUAACUUUUGCUGAUGAUCUGCUUAUUUUCUGCAAAGGCAAUCUGGAAUCUAUCAUGGGAGUAACCUCUGUCCUCGAUUAUUUCUAUGAAAUUUCAGUCAGAUACCUAGGGAUUCCUCUAGUCAUGAGGAAACUUAUAGUUAAAGAUUGCCAGCCUCUCAUCGACAAGGUUAAACUCAAACUUCAUCAAUGGUCCAGGUUGAAGUUGAGUUAUUCAGGCAGACUUGUGCUGAUAAAAACGGUCCUUUUUAGUAUGGCAAAUUACUGGUGUAGGCAGCUUAUUCUGCCUCAAUCUGUCAUCAAUAAAAUCGAACAGAUUUGCUCGAGAUACUUCUGGAAAGGCUCUGAUAUUCCUGCUGUGGGAGCUAGAGUUAGUUGGGACAGAAUUUGUAAACCAAAAUCAAAAGGUGGACUCGGUCUCAAGGACAUCAAAUCAUGGAAUAAAUCUUGCAUGAUGCUCCUCAUUAGGCGCCUUCUUAUAGGGGAGGGUUCUUUUUGGGUUGCAUGGAUCCAAUCUUAUUAUUUUAAGGACCGAGAUUUUUGA